AUGUCUGUCAGCCACCCGCAAGAUGUUCUGCACACCGUCAAUCUCGUUACACAAUGCCUUUGUAUCCCGAUCGUGACGCUUUUUGUCGGCUUGCGCUUCUACACCCGUCUACAAUUUAAGCAGUCUCUAGGGGUAGAAGAUUAUGGCUGCACGGUAGCUUGGCUCCUGUUCAUGGGAUACUGUGGAAUCAGUAUCGUCAUCGGCAAACAUGGCGGAGGCUACCACUUUGACACGCUCAGCGACGACCAAAAAGUCCAAUACAAAAAGUUCUGCUACAUCGCCACGAUCCUCUACUGCCCAAUGGCCCUCUUCGUCAAAAUCGCCCUCCUGUCAAUUCUCACCCGCAUUUUCGCCCCCUACCGCGCCAAAGUCUGGUUCAUCUACAUCCUCCUCGCCUGCCUCUGCGUCUACUACGUGAUCGCUCUUAUCAUCAAAAUCAGGAUGUGCGAUCCGAUCCCGGCCUAUUGGACCGGGGGUGGAAAAUGCCUCGACCAGAACGCCGCUCUCAUCGCCGACUCCGUCAUCAGUGUUGUCAGUGACAUUAUCAUUCUCGUUCUGCCGCUGCCAUUGACUUGGUCCCUGCAAAUGUCGCGCAAUCGCAAGCUGCGCGUGAUAGGUCUUCUCGGUGCUGGUGGUCUGGCGACCGGUUUCAGUCUUUACCGGUUAGUGCUGGUAUUGAAGACGGGUAACCCUGCCGACAUGAGCAUCUUCUUCGUAAUCAUCAUCUUAUCUGGAAACGCCGAGGGAGGUGUCGGACUGAUCUGCGCCUGCUUGCCUAUCCUUAACGUGUUACUGGCCUACCAUAAAAAGAAAUACUCGUCGCAAAAGUAUUAUCAGCAAAGCGACAAUGUUGCCUUGAGCGAGAGGAGGUCGAGGGCUCCUACUUCCAAGGCGGCGUCCGAAUGGGACAAGUCUGUUGCCUUUGGAGACCAAUCUCAUCUCAUCUCGUUUGCCGGCACGCCCGAGGCUGCCGACUCGGUAUGUACCGAAGAUGGAAUCCGGAAGACGGUGGCCGUGUCCCAGACGGUCGAAACACACUAA